GGAGCGGGCCAAGGGCUCUGCUCCUGUCUCCGUCUUGGCUCGCUCCAGUCGCACUUCGGUCUCGCUCUUGUCGUGGCCGAAGCCGCCAUGUCGUUGCGGCGGGUGCUGGGGCUGGGGCGGGCCCUGGGCCACCGGAGCUACUGCUCCAAGUCCCCGCUGCCCCCAGACUUCGUAGAGGCCCUGAGGGCCGUGGUGGGGACCCCCAACGUUUCCACGGCCAUGGCGGUGCGGGAGCAGCACGGGCAUGACGAGUCCAUGCACGUCUGUGCCCCUCCAGACGCCGUGGUGUGGCCGCACGCAGUGGGGCAGGUCCAGGAGCUGGCUGCUCUCUGCUACCGCUACCGUGUGCCUAUGGUGCCCUUUGGCACUGGCACGGGCCUGGAGGGUGGCGUCAAUGCUGUACAGGGCGGUGUCUGCUUUGACCUGAGCCACAUGAACGCCAUCAUGGAGCUGAGCCUAGAGGACUUCUCCGUGUCGGUGGAGCCCGGUGUCACUCGCAAGGCCCUCAACAGCUACCUGCGUGGCACCGGGCUCUGGUUCCCUGUCGACCCUGGUGCGGACGCCUCGCUGUGCGGCAUGGCAGCCACAGGCGCCUCAGGCACCAACGCAGUGCGCUAUGGCACCAUGCGCCCCAACGUGCUGAACCUGCGCGUGGUGCUGCCGGACGGGCGCCUGUUACACACCGCAGGCGCUGGGCGCCAGCCCAGGAAGCGGGCGGCCGGCUACGACCUGACCUCACUGUUCGUGGGCUCCGAGGGCACCCUGGGCUUCCUCACGCUGGCCACGCUGCGCCUGCACCCGCUGCCUGAGGCCAGUGCCGCAACUACCAUCGCCUUCCCGACUGUGCAGGCCGCCGUGGACUGCACUGUGCAGGUCCUGCAGGCUGCCGUGCCUGUGGCACGCAUCGAGUUCCUGGAUGAGGUGAUGGCGGGUGCCUGCGGCCGCUUCAGCAACAUAGAGCUGCCGGUGGCCCCCACACUGCUCCUGGAGCUCCACGGCUCCCGGCAUGGCCUGGCUGAGCAGCAGCAGCAGACAGUGCUCCUGGCAGAGGAGAUCGUGCGGCUGAAUGGCGGCUCCAGGCUGGCCUGGGCAGAAGAGCUGGAGGAACGCGAGCGCCUCUGGGCCAUGCGCCACCGCGCCUGGUACGCGGCCCUGGCACUGCGGCCCGGCUGCCAGGGCUACUCCACUGAUGUCUGCGUGCCCAUCUCCCGCCUGCCUGAUGUGGUGGUGGAGACCAAGCGGGACCUGCAGGACUCUGGCCUCACUGGCCCCAUGGUGGGACACGUGGGUGAUGGCAACUUCCACUGCGUCCUCGUCUUUGACACCCAGGAUGAGGACGAGGCGCAGCGCGUCCAUGCCUUCGCUGAACGCCUGGGCAGGCGGGCACUGGCAGCAGGGGGGACCUGCACUGGGGAGCAUGGCGUGGGUCUGGGCAAGCGGGCACUGCUGCAGGAGGAGCUGGGACAAGAGGGCCUGGACACCCUGCGCAGCAUCAAGGCUGCGCUGGACCCCCACAACCUCAUGAACCCUGGCAAGGUGCUUUGACAGUGGCACCAGCACCAGGCUGAUACCCCUUGUGUUUCCCCAAAUCCCCCACCCCUAUGGGUCAAGGAACCUGAAUAAACUCUGCACCCACA